UGCAUAGAGUGACCAAUACUCAAGCGCCUGAGGGAUGAAGCCUUGAAUUCGUUUCUUUACCAAUUGACAUGGGUUGUCCUUUCCUUAUCCCUUCCCUUUCUUUUACAAGGAAAGCCACCCAAAAUACGCAGAGCACAACUCAUAGCUAGGUUUAUAAAGAAAGACACAUCCUCGUACUCGUGUCUCCUUUUAUGCUUUCUGUCUCUCCGUCUCUUUAAAUUGAGAAAUAUGGAAAAUCAAGAAAACAACAGAACCCCAUCAGCAGAAGAAUCGAAAAUGCAAUGCCAAAACGAUAAUAACUAUGAAAUUCCAUCCUCAAAACAUCAUCACCAAAGGGAAGAAGGCAAUGACCAUGAAGAAGAACAGGAUUUCCUUGGCCAGUUUCAGUGCCCUGUUUGCCUGGACCUACUUUACAAGCCAGUUGUUUUAGCAUGUGGCCACUUUUCAUGCUUCUGGUGUGUAUUUCGUUGCAUGAAUGGCUUUCGCGAGUCACACUGUCCAAUUUGUCGGCACCCAUUUAAUCACUUCCCACGUGUGUGUCAAUUGCUGCAUUUCUUACUUAUGAAGAUGUGCCCUAUAGCCUAUAAGACAAGGGAAGGAGAAGUGGAAGAAGAAGAAAAGAAAUUUGGCCUUUUCUCUCCACAGUUUGGUCAUCAUUCAUCUGGAUCACUUCCUGGUGAAGAGCUAGAUGUCCCAAGCAAUUCUCUACGUCUACCCACCCAUUCACAAACCAAAUUGGGUUAUGAUAGUUGUUUUUCUUUAGGGAAUUUUCCAGAGGCAAUUGCACAUAGUGUGGAUAAUGUGAAAAUUAUGCCUUCAUCACCAUUAAGUAUAUCUGAAGGCACUGCGAAUGCAGCCAUCAAAAGUUGCAACUUGAUUAGGACAGGGCUUGGACGUGGAAUUCAAAAGCAGGCCUCUGUUGCUGACUUGCUGUGUGCUGAAUGCAAGAAACUGCUGUUUCGACCAGUAGUUCUUAAUUGUGGCCAUGUUUAUUGUGAAUCUUGUAUCAUCAUCCCCAUGCAAGGAAUUCCUAGGUGUCAAUUUUGUCAAAGUUUGCAUCCAAAUGGGUUCCCGGGUGUUUGUUUAGUUCUAGAGAAUUUUUUGGAGGAGCACUUUUCUGAAAUUUAUGCAGGGAGAUGAGAAGGUUUGCCCAAACUUUAACUUGUCAGUAUCAAAACCUUUAACUUGUAUCUUGUCAUUUGCUCUUGUUAGUGUCCGGGCUUCAUUCCCAAAUCUGAAAAUGAAUUAUUAAAGUAACUUUCCUGAAAUAUAAAUUUUUCUAUUAAGCUACAUCAUUCUUUGUGUGGGGUGAAACUUAAGCAAAUCAACCUCUUAAUAGACCAAAGAAGGAAAAAAUUCCACGAAGUUUUCAUUUGAUAGUGAUGAUAGGCUCACUAGAUAAAAUGAGAAAUAUGGAGAAAGAAAUUAAGAUCAAAUGGGGUUGUCUGUUCAAAUUGUCUCAGCCUUUCUUUUUCUCAGUUAAAAGAGAAAUAAAUUUAUCAUAAACGCAGUGUGUACAGACAUGAAAACCUCAUAGAGGGAUUUAGCCUUGGUAUAAAAAUGCAUGUUCCAAAUGAGAAACUCUAUGGUAACUCACAGGGUACUACAAGUAAUUAUCUCCUUGAAGAGAGUGUCUUUAGGAUACUUAGUAUGAGUCAUUUGAUGAUUUAAAUCAAGUUUAUUUUUUUUACUUGUAUAAUUUAUUAUGAAUAUUUACAAAUUUUACCAUUCUACACACAAAAGAUGUAAUCAAUACAAUUUAUUUUCAUCAAAUAUUUGAUUUUUAUUC